AUGGCUGCUGCUAACCCAUAUGAUGCUUGGGGAGUCAGUGAAGAUAAUGAAGACACUGGAGAUUAUGAAGAUGUUGAUCAGAGCAACAGCAGCAGUGAGAACACAGCAAGAACAUUCCAGCAAGCACGAGGGAUUUUUGAAGCUGAAGUCAACUGUGUAGAGGAAGUGAACCUUCACACAGACAUGGAUUCAUGUGAGAAGAAUCCGGGUCACCGUGGUUUCAUACCUGCUGAUGAGUUUACAGUGAACAGUCUUCCUCCUCACUACCGGGACAAUGAUAUAGCAAAACUUAUUCAGGCAUUAGCACAGAUCACAGCUCGCAUCUCUAUCAAGUAUACAAGUUCUAACAGACCUGAUUUUUAUCCAGGCAGCGACAAGCCCUAUCCAAAUGCAGACAUGAAGGGGAAGACACGCUUGAGAACAGGAAGUGGCUGGGUGUGGCGAGUGAAUAUAUUUUCUGGAGGUAACAACCGCCGAAAUAAAACAAAAGCAUGUCCUUGUCAGGAGUGUAAGAAAAGUCGGAACCCUGAAAGACAAUGGGCAGUUAUUGAUAUCUAUACAGCGACACACAUGGUCUACGAUGAGGCAGAGGGAGCAAAAACUACAUGCCAUUUUUUCUAUGAUAACAAUAGAAAUAGUUUAGCUGAGUUGCCAUCUCUGCAUGGAGCAGUUCGUGUACAUAAUGUUGUUGAUGGUGAUGCAUGUAGAAUGACUUAUAUAACUCACGAUAUUCAGCUUGCAAGUAAACUCCAAAAUAGUUGGAGAGAAUAUAAGACUUUGCAUACAGCAGUUGGGGAAAAAUACAACACCACCGAUAAUGAUGGUCAAGCGGUAGCUGAGAAUGACCACAAGUUGACCAUCAUAGUGUCCCACCCACAUGGCUGUAGCAAACAGAUUUCCAUUGGGGAAUUUGUUCAGAGGGAUGAAAUGGAUUAUAAUGAUGCGUACACAAAGUACACGUACACAACACCCACUUGUCCUGGGUGUAGUGGUGGCCCGGUGUAUGUACUCAGCCGUUGGUGGUGGUGGGGGUGCGAUCACCCACAUGGCGGACAAUGUGAGGAGAAUGAAAAUCUGAAUUAUAGUGGAAUUGCCAUGUACUAG